GAGAUAUAAAUGACCCAAAUAGACGGUAUAUAUGUAAGGAUAUACGACGUUACAUUUCCCUUUAAAAACCUUCAACGUUAAGCCGGUACUGUUUCAAUACGGGCCCCAUCUUGGGCGGCCCAAACAUACGGGGCCCGGUACCACGGCAGCAGCGCCUGGAUCCACCCACACGCGUGGCUCCUCGGAUCAGUAACACGCAGGCAUGCCCCCCUCCACGUGUGCCACCGUGAUGUCCACCGCCGUUCCCAACGCCCAGGCUACGCGCCAAAAUCGUCCGUCACGCGGCGGCAGCAAAAGAAGAGAGGUGCACAGAGAACAUGCACGCGACAGAGAGAAGAGACGAUGGCGGCGUGGUGGGAGGCGCUGGUGGCAGCGGCGGUGGGGGCGCCCGGAGGGAGCAGUGGCACGGUGGUGUCCAUCUGCGUGUUCACGGCAGUGCUGUGCCUGUGCCUCGUCGCCGGCCACCUCCUCGAGGAGCAGAAAUGGGUCAACGAGUCCAUCACCGCCCUCAUCAUCGGGUGCAUCGUUGGAGCAAUCAUAUUUCUACUCAGUAAAGGAAGGAACUCACACAUCCUGAGGUUCGAUGAGCAGCUCUUCUUCAUCUACGUGCUUCCACCGAUAAUCUUCAAUGCCGGGUUCCAGGUCAAGAAGAAGCAGUUCUUCCACAACUUCAUGACCAUCAUGUCCUUUGGGGUGUUCGGGGUUUUUAUUUCAGUUGGAAUAGUUUCGGCAGGCUGCUACUGGCUCUUUCCAAAAGUCGGAUUUGGAAAACUCGACGCAGUAGAUUAUCUAGCCUUAGGAGCCAUAUUUUCUUCAACAGAUACUAUCUGCACACUGAAGGUCAUAAACCAAGAUGAGACACCUAGGUUGUACAGCUUGGUGUUCGGAGAAGGAGUCGUUAACGAUGCAACAGCAGUUGUUCUUUUCAAUGCUAUAAAGAAUCUGGAUAUCAGUCAGCUCAAAGGCAUGGUUGCGCUAAAAGUGAUCUCUGACUUUCUCUAUCUGUUCUUAACUAGCACUAUACUUGGAAUCUCGAUUGGGUUAUCCACUGCUUUUGUUCUCAAAGCUCUAUAUUUUGGUAGGCAUUCGACUGAUCGGGAGGUAGCCUUGAUAGCUCUCAUGGCUUAUCUAUCAUAUAUGCUUGCAGAGUUGCUAAAGCUGAGUGGGAUUUUGACCGUGUUCUUUUGCGGCAUUGUCAUGUCCCAUUAUGCGUGGCAUAAUGUGACAGAGAGCUCAAGAAUCACGACAAGGCAUAUAUUUGCAACAUCAUCAUUCAUCGCUGAGACAUUCAUCUUUCUUUAUGUUGGUAUGGAUGCCCUUGACAUUGAUAAGUGGAAGACAUCAGAAGCAAGCUUUAACACAUACAUCGGUAUCUUUGGUGUCGUCAUAUUACUCGUUUUAUUGGGACGAGCAGCAUUUGUUUUCCCUAUAUCCAUUUUGUCAAAUAUAUUGAGUGGAAGUUCUGAGAGAACGCCAAUCACAUUCAAGCACCAGGUUGUCAUUUGGUGGGCUGGGCUCAUGAGAGGCGCUGUUUCAAUUGCGCUAGCAUAUAAUCAGUUCACUUUUUCAGGUGUAACAUCGGAUCCAGUUCAUGCAACCAUCAUCACCAGUACAAUUAUUGUAGUAUUUUUCACCACCCUGGUGUUUGGUUUCUUGACAGGGCCUCUUAUAAGUGCAAUGCUCCCACAUCGCCAUGGGGCGAGGGCGCUGACCAGAGGCCUUAGUACAGGCAGUAACUCCCCAAACGAUGACUUCACCCUGCCGUUUCUCUCAACUGAUGAAGAUGCAUCUGGCAGUGGUAUCGUCUUGGAGCAAGCCAAGAGAAGCAUAUCUAUGAUGCUAGAGAGGCCUGUCCACACGGUACACAUAUACUGGAGGAAGUUCGAUGACAAGUUCAUGAGGCCAAUCUUUGGGGGACCGCGGUCGCACUGAAAACUCCUGCAUGGUUGCAUUACAAUGGAGUGCUAAGAUCAAGUGCGAUGAGGAUCUUUUCAAGGAUGUGCGGGAAAGCUGCGUAUCAGCGUAUAUCAAGCAGGAAAAUAAAGUUUUACAACCACAACCUCUUCAGAGAAGUGCGAUGAAUGCAAGCUAAGUUCAUGGUGGCAUCUUCCUGUUCAAGCUUUUCAGCGUUCAUGCGCAGGAGAACUGCGCCUUACGCAAAAGCCGGCUUAUGGUGCGCUACCCUGAAAAGCUGAUGCGAGGAGAAGCCAUUGUCCAGAGAAGCUACUCGUUUGGCAGGCUGGCUUUCUGCUGAUAAGCGUCUCUGAAUUCUGCUUGCCUUAGUUUCUUGUUGUCUGUGUAAACUUUGUAAUAUUGAACAGUUCUGACAGUUCCAAUUUGAUAUUUAUUCCGA